AUGUCGUGGACGUCGAGACGAGCGAUAAGCAGCGCUGCUCUGCUUCAUGGAGUACUGAGGAGGCCGCAAUACAAUGUCAAGUCGGUUCUUAAGAGCAUUGAUAAGUACCAGGAUGCCAUAGCGAAGCGACAACUGAAGUCCGGUUCAGAUCUGGCACAGAAACUGGCACAAUUACCACUCUCUUGCGAAACCAUCAAGGGACUGAACCAAAGACUAGCUACCAUUCAGAAAGAAAGAAAAGCUGUUGAGGCUUUGAUCAAGAAAGAUAAGUCCAAUAUUGCAACUCUAUCGUCGGAGAUCAAACGCUUCAAAGAGCAACAUCGUCAGGUAGCUGAUCAACUAGAAGUUGCUGAGUUCGAGCUGAAUGAUCUCUGCGGAUCACUGCCGAACCUAGUCUCCCCCACAACGCCUCUCAGCGAACCACAGAUUGUUCAGUGGAUAAAUCCUAAAGAAUCUUACAAGCCAGAUCCGGGCCGCGAUCAUGUCAGCAUAAUGUUGAAGAAAUCGAUGGUUGACUUCCAGACUGCUGCCAACGUAAGUGGUACUUCGUGGUUUUACCUAUUGAACGAGGGCGCCGAGCUGGAACAGGCAUUGGUAUCUUAUGCCUUACGGAGGGCUAAAGAAGCCGGGUUUCAGAUGUGCAUUCCACCAAGUAUUGUUAGGAAUGAGGUGAUUGAUUCUUGCGGUUUCAGACCGAGAGACAUGAAUAAUGAGCAGCAGAUCUACCAUAUCGGUGGCAGCUCAUUAGGACUGACGGCUACUGCUGAGAUCGCCCUCGCAGGCCUCGGGAUCAACAAAGUGAUAGACUUAUCAAACGGUCCCCGGCGUCUCGUUGGAGUGAGUCGCAGCUAUAGAGCAGAGGCAGGGGCUCGAGGUAAAGAUACCAAGGGCCUUUACAGAGUGCAUGAAUUUACAAAAGUUGAGCUAUUUUGUUGGAGCAGGCCCGAAGAGAGUGAUGAGCUACUUGAAAAUUUGAAAGACCUCCAGAUGGACAUUGUCUCGUCUCUGGGAAUCUCCGCUAAGGUGCUCAACAUGCCAGCUAAUGACUUAGGUGCACCAGCCUUUAAAAAGUACGACAUCGAGGCAUGGAUGCCUGGAAGAGGUUCAUUUGGCGAAAUUAGCAGUUCUUCUAACUGCUUGGAUUUCCAAAGCAGAAGACUUAACACCAAGUACAAGGAUCAGACCACAAGUAAGCUGGAAUAUGUACAUACCUUGAACGGAACGGCUAUGGCGGUGCCUCGAGUGAUUCUAGCUUUGGUAGAGAACAACUACGAUCCAUCAACGGGAACUGUAGCGAUUCCUGAGCCAUUAAGAGACUUUAUGGGAGGCAAGACCUUUAUAUAA